AUGCCGUCCACCCAAAUGCGCAUCCGAAAUGCAAACCGCACUCAGACUCACCGGAGGCAGGUUUACUCUGACAGGAAUGCAGCCACGUUAUCGCGGUUACAGCGACAAGCUGAAGUUGGUUGCCAGCGUGAACAAGCAGCUCAGCCUCCUGACAUUGGAAACAUCUUGGAUCGGACAAGCCACGACUAUCCAUUCGAUGCCCAGCAGGAAUCAGCCAAUCAGAACCAAGCUGAAGACAAAUCUGAAUGGGGCAAUUUUUCCAAAGACGAACUGGAUGAAAUAGAUUUGGCGAUGGCUUCUUACAAAGAAAGAUACCGUCAGAAAGCACGCGAAUACAACUGGAACAUACUACUUGCUGCUCUCCAACCUGCUCAAAACGUUCUAGUCGAUCAGUUGAUCUGGUAG